GAGGGUUUUCAGGUAGUGAUGAGAGGAGGAAAGGAAUCAGAUUUUGAAACUCUGAGGAUGAAGGCGGUCGAGGAUGGAUCUUUGAAGAAGAAAGCCUUAAUGCUUCCUCUAAAUUCAAGCAUUCUCUAAAGAAAAAGAGCAGUCGAAGGAAAAGAUGGCGGGUUACUCUGUUUCAAUUGAGGAUGUGCGUGAUGUUGAGGAGCUACAGGCUUGUUGAUGCGUUUCGUCAAUCUUUAAUAAUGGAUAGUGUGCUUCCUGAAAAACAUGAUGAUUAUCACAUGAUGUUAAGGUUCUUAAAAGCAAGGAAGUUCGAUAUUGAGAAAGCAAAGCACAUGUGGGCUGAUAUGCUUCAAUGGAGAAAGGAAUUUGGUGCUGACACUAUUAUGGAGGAUUUUGAGUUUAAAGAAAUAAAUGAAGUUUUGAAGUAUUACCCUCAUGGACAUCAUGGUGUGGAUAAGGAGGGAAGGCCUGUUUACAUUGAAAGACUGGGAAAAGUUGAUCCUAACAAACUUAUGCAAGUGACUACUAUGGAUCGGUAUGUAAAGUAUCAUGUUCAAGAGUUUGAAAAAUCCUUUGCGGUGAAGUUUCCAGCUUGCACCAUUGCUGCGAAGAGGCAUAUCGAUUCAAGUACUACAAUUUUAGAUGUUCAAGGAGUGGGAUUGAAGAAUUUCACCAAGUCAGCACGGGAUCUCAUAAUGCGGCUUCAAAAGAUUGAUGGUGAUAAUUAUCCUGAGACUCUUUGCCAAAUGUUUAUCAUCAAUGCGGGUCCUGGAUUUAGGCUGCUAUGGAAUACAGUGAAAUCUUUUCUAGAUCCAAAAACAACUUCCAAGAUUCAUGUUCUUGGAAACAAGUACCAGAGCAAAUUGCUUGAGAUAAUUGAUGCCAGUGAAUUGCCAGAAUUUCUGGGUGGUAGCUGUACUUGUGCCGAUCAGGGAGGCUGCCUUCGAUCUGAUAAGGGUCCGUGGAAAAACCCAGAAAUACUGAAGAUGGUCCUUCAUGGAGAAGCACGACGUGGCAGGCAGGUUGUGAAAAUUUUAAACAGUGAGGGGAAAGUUCUUGCUUAUGCUAAGCCAAAUUACCCGAUGCAGUUAAAGGGUAGUGAUACAUCCACUGCUGAGUCAGGAUCUGAAGCAGAAGACAUUGCUUCCCCGAAGGCAAUAAAGAGUUACUCAAAUCUUCGAUUGACUCCUGUUCGUGAAGAAGCUAAGGUAGCUGGGAAACCAGGCUAUGUUGGUAGCUUUGCUGGGUAUGAUGAAUAUGUUCCAAUGGUUGACAAAGCUGUUGAUGCUGGUUGGAAGAAGCAAGCAUCUCUGCAGAUGUCCUCUGCUUCCAAAGGAACUCUUUCCCAACCUGUCACUUCAAAGGCACCAGAAGGAAUCCGUGCUCGGGUUUUGGUUGCACUCAUGGCAUUCUUCAUGACACUCUCAACUCUCUUCCGUUCAGUGGCCUCCCGUGUAACAAAGAGGCUUCCUGGUGCAUCAUGUGAUCAUGGUCGAAAUAAUCCUGAACCUGCUGUUGAUGUGACUCAAAAGGAGGAGUUUCGGCCACCAUCACCAGGUCCAUCUUUUACUGAGGCAGAUCUCAUUUCAUCUGUAAUGAAAAGACUGGGUGACCUUGAAGAGAAAGUGAAAACCCUCCAAUCAAAACCAUCUGAGAUGCCGUAUGAGAAAGAGGAAUUGCUGAAUGCUGCAGUUUGUCGUGUAGAUGCUCUUGAAGCAGAGCUGAUUGCUACUAAGAAGGCGCUUCAUGAAGCUUUAAUGAGACAAGAAGAAUUGCUUGCGUACAUAGACAGUCAAGAAGAAGCUAAGUUCAGGAAAAAGAAGUUCUGCUGGUAAGAUGGUUUGUCGGCGGAGGAGGCCUACACAGAUUGCUCGGCCGUAUCUCAAUCACGAGAUAUAUAUACUGAACCAACCAUGUCGAUCAGCCAAACGUAUACUACUCUCAACAGUGUAAUCCCAAACUUAUGUUAAGCGAAAUUAAUGUUUCGAAACUAUGCUUUGUGUUGUUUAUUCCUUUUUUAACUCGUUCAACUUGUUGUGACACUCGAAAUGAGCACAUUUAA